GGCCUCCAUCUUCCCCUACAGGUGUCAUGUGAGUCUCGGAGGAGCUGCUCCUGAGUGGAAAUGCUCUCAGUGGUCGAAAAUGGACUGGACCCCCGGGCCACCAUCCCGGUCAUCAAGAAGAAGCUGGUGGGGUCUGUGAAGGCGCUGCAGAAGCAGUACGUGUCCCUGGACACGGUGGUCACGAGUGAGGAUGGAGAUGCCAACACCAUGUGCAGUGCCCUGGAGGCUGUGUUUAUCCACGGCCUGCAGGCCAAGCAUGUCCAUGCAGAGACUGGAGGAAAAUGGAAGAAAAGUGCGCAUCAGAAGCCUCUACCUCAGCCUGUCUUUUGGCCCCUCCUGAAAGCUGUCACCCACAAACACGUCAUCUCGGACCUAGAGCACCUGGCCUUUGUCAACACGGACGUGGGCCGCUGCCGGGCCUGGCUGCGGCUGGCCCUCAAUGACGGCCUGAUGGAGUGCUACCUGAAGCUGCUCCUCCAGGAGCGGGCGAGGCUGUGCGAGUACUACCAGCCCACUGCACUGCUGCGUGACGCCGAGGAGGGCGAGUUCCUCCUGAGCUUCCUGCAGGGACUCACGUCCUUGUCCUUCGAGCUCUCUUACAAGUCCGCUGUCCUGAACGAGUGGACACUCACCCCACUGGCCCUCUCCGGGCUUUGUCCACUCUCAGAGCUCGACCCCCUCCCUCCCUCUAGUGCAGAACUCCAGCGUAAGGAGUCUCUGGACUCCAUUUCCCACUCCUCCGGCUCAGAGGAUAUCGAAGUCCAGCACUCAGGCCAUAAGAUCCGGCGAAACAGGAAGCUCACAGCCUCCUCACUCAGCCUGGACACAGCCAGUUCCUCACAGUUGUCCUGCAGCCUGAACUCCGAUAGCUGCCUGCUCCAGGAGAGUGGCUUCAAGAGUCCAGACCACUCCGAGGAGCCCAUGUCCUAUGACUCGGAUCUGGGAGCAGCAAAUGCUGGUGACUCUGACCAGUCCCUGCAAGAGGUGUUGUCGGAAUUCAGCAAAGCCCAGGUAAACUCUGUGCCAACCCGUGGACCAAGCCAAGAGUCAGAGAUGCCUACGUUCCGGGCCCCACUGUCCCUCUACAGCCUGGCCACCAGCACACACCUGCUCUCAGACGUACCUGUGGAGCCCCUUCCUGCCCACGUGUCCUCUGGGACCCCAGACACUGACCACAAGCGGGAGUCCCUGCCCCAGGCACCCGGCGCCCCUCGUGCGCAGCAGCCAGUCACUGCCCAAGCCUGCCCUGCAGGGAGCAUUUCUGGUCAGCAGCCUGCUGGGCCUGGAAGAGAGGCGAAAGAAGCCGUCGGCCGAGGGAGCAGCCUGCAGAAGGCCCUGCAGAAUGGCAGAGUGGGGCUGCAGCUUGUGGUUUCCUCCCCCACCAGUCCGAAAAGCAAGAGCUGGAUCUCCGAAGAUGACUUCUAUCGGCCUCCCCAGGAGCCCACUCCCAACAGUGCUACAGUUGCUUCUAGACGACCCCCGGAGCCGAGGGCUGCUCUCCACAGGCACUGCUCUCAAGGACCGAGAAAGAACUGCUCCCUGGGAGCCCUGAACAAGAUGUCUGUGUCUUCCCCAGGACAUAGGAAUGCCAGGGAAGCCCCUGUGCAGGAGCACAAGAACUUCUGUGUGGUACACCGGCGGCAGAUGGGGCUGUCCAACCCGUUCCGGGGCCUCCUAAAGCUGGGCACAGUGUCACGGCGGGGAGCCAUGGGCAUCUGGAAGGAGCUCUUCUGCGAGCUGUCCCCAAUGGAGCUCCGACUCUACCUGAGCGCUGAGGAGCGCACCUGUGUGGAGAGCUGCUCCCUCCUGCGCUGUGAGGCAGUCGGGCCAGCCCACAGCGAUGGCCGCUUCGAGCUGGUCUUCUCCAGCAAGAAGUUGGCCCUGCGGGCCUCCUCCCAAGAUGAGGCUGAGGACUGGCUGGAUCGGGUGCGGGAGGCUCUGCAGAAGGUCCGGCCGCAGCAGGAAGACGAGUGGGUGAGCAUCCAGGAUCCAGAUCGGCCCGAAGGCCCGGCUGAGGCUCCCCCUGGUGGCCAGCCCUCCGGCUCAGCCCCGCUCCCAGAGUCAGCCGUCCCCCAGAACUGGCAGUGUGCCUGGAUGUCGGCCCAGGUUCCGGAGCCAGAUGCCAUCAAAGAGUCUCUUCUGUACCUGUAUGCAGACAGGACCUGGAUGCCCUGUAUUUUUUCCCUGUCCUUGGAUUCUCUGAAGUGCUUCCGCGUGAGGAAUAACGAGAAGAUGCUCAGUGACAGCCACGGAGUGCAGACGAUCCGAGACGUCCUGCCGGACACGAGCCUCGGGGGCCCGGCCUUCUUCAAAAUCGUCACAGCCAAGGCCGUCCUGAAGCUGCAGGCCGGGAACGCCGAGGAGGCCACCCUGUGGAGGGACGUGGUUCGCAAGGUCCUGGCGUCGUACUUGGAGAUGGCUGAGGAGGCCGUGACACUUGGAGGGAGUCUGGACGAAAGCUGUCAGGAAGUGCUGAAGUUUGCCACCCGGGAGAACGGCUUCCUCCUGCAGUACCUGGUGGCCAUCCCCACCGAGAAAGGCCUGGACUCCCAGGGCUGCUUCUGUGCAGGCUGCUCCCGGCAGAUUGGCUUCUCCUUUGUACAGCCCAAGCUCUGUGCCUUCUCUGGCCUCUAUUACUGUGACAUCUGCCACCAGGACGACGCCUCAGUGAUUCCAGCCAGGAUCAUCCACAACUGGGACCUCACCAAGCGUCCGGUCUGCCGGCAGGCCCUGAGGUUCCUGGUGCAGAUCCAGGCACAGCCCCUCAUCAACCUUCAGCUGGUGAACCCCUCGCUGUACGAGCACGUGGAUCGGAUGCGCCUCAUCAGCCAGAGCCGGGAGCAGCUGAAGCUCCUGGGGGAUUACCUGGGCCUGUGUCGCAGCGGAGCCCUCCAGGAGCUGAGCAAGAGGCUUGGCCACAGGCAUUAUCUCCUGGAGUCUCCCCACAAGUUCAGUGUCGCUGACCUGCAACAGAUUGCAGAGGGGGAGUAUGAAGGGUUCCUCAAGGCCCUGAUCGAGUCCGCCUCCCAGCACAUCUACCACUGUGACCUGUGCACCCAGCGGGGCUUUAUCUGCCAGAUUUGUCACCACCACGACAUCAUCUUCCCCUUCGAGUUCGACACCACAGUCAGGUGUGCCCAGUGCAAGACAGUCUUCCACCAGAGCUGCCAGGCUGUGGUAAAGGACUGCCCCCGCUGUGCCCGCCGGCGCAAGUACCAGGAGCAAAACAGUCUCUCCUAAACCUGGCUGGCAGCCUGGUGUGCCAUCAGCCAGGCUCCUGUCUCACCAGCGUCACCGCAUCUCCCUCGUCGGGAAGACCCCCGUGGAGCCAGGGCAGUGGUGCCCUUGGCCCCGCGCCAUCCUCCCUUCUAAUGCCCCAGCCAGGGCCGGAGAGGCCUGCACCAGGCCCGGCCCCCUCACGUCACGACCCUGCCAUUAGGGCCAUUCUGACACUGUGGAAACAAGACUCGGGGACAUGUUCAAUUCCACAUUCCCAAUUAAAAGGUCUAGUUUUUUAAGGUGGGUUUUUCUUCCCGUAAUAUUUCAACAGAAAAUAUUUUUUUAUUCUUGAUCCCAAACAAGUGUCCCCAGAAAUCCAGGCCUUGUCACCCAGAGCAGAUGUGCAGUAGGCCCUCAGUCUGGCCUGGGGCAGAGCUGCUGCAGAUGGCGGGUCAGUCAGUCCUGAGGGCCGUCGUCCCACCUCUUGGCUCCCUCCCGCUGCUCCUCACCAAAGCCUCCCUCCUCAGUGUCAGUCCCCUGCUCUUCCUGGGUCUGGGGCGCUGGCCUUGGCAAAAGGAAGGAAAUGACUCAAAACCAGCACUGUCAGCACUUUGCGCUUUCCUGGUUCAAGGAAGGCUGGCAUCACCCGCCCUUAGCUCCGUGUCCUCCGCACGCCCACAGCCAGGGCCACCUCAGGCGGCUCUCAGGGUCAUACCUCCACCUGGCUGACCUUGAGGACAGACAAAGAUGGAUCCCCAAAAGGACAAGCGUGCCCAGACACCACUCGGGGGCAGUGACCUGUUCUGAGCUGCAUGGGGCCAUGCAGAGAAGCAACUCAGCUUUGCCAAGCUGCAGGCUCACCCAGCCUCCAGCAGGGGCACUGCCAGGGCCUGGAAAGUUCCCUGGAGCAUGGGUGUCUUUUGAAAGGGGCGUAGGAGCAGGGAGGGAACCUGAACAGAUCCCAAAGUAAAGUUCAGACCGUGGAGGCUUAGGGGAAAGUAUGGGCAUGAGCUCUGCUUUCCCCUCCUCUCCUGACCAGUAGGCCCCUCUGGCCUCCCGCAUCUGCCUUGUCUUGGAGUCAAAGGCCUCAGGACAUGCGCCUGUCACUGUCAGGAAGUGAGUGUUCAGGUGGAGAUGCGGCCCAGUGAAGGCUUUCACCUACAAUGCCCAAGGCCUAGGUUCCAUCCCAGCACCAAAGGGAGGAAGGAAGGAAGGAAAAGAUGAGCCUUUCCUGCCCUCCCUGGAACGAUAGGGCUGCUGAGUCACCUGCCCAACCCCAAAGAGCUGGAGGAAUUGUGCAACAGAGGAGGCAGGUAGCAGUGGCUGCCACACGGCUCCUCUGUCCCCAGGAUGUGUCCCCGUGAGGAAAGGUGAAAACAUCUAUGCCCAGAACACCAAAGCCUGAGCAGGAAGGGGCCCAUCUCCCCACCAGACACAGCAUUACUGCUCCCACAAAGGCCGCAGGUCCUUGAGUGGGCAAGAGUCACCCGGGGUGGGGCUUGGGCCUGAGAGUACAUCCCAGGUGCCCUGGGAGGCAGCAGGAGCAAGUCCUGGCUGGGGGCCUCCUCCCAUCCCUCCUUUUACUGAAAAGCUGCUCAUGCAGUCCGGUGCACUGACUCUAACCCACACCUCCAGCGGAGAGCUGCUGGGUGCCUCACUGAAGCCCACACUUCUUCAGAUGGGAUUGUAUGCAAUGAACUUGAGAGAGGGGCUCUGCCCUUGAGAAUUGCUUGGCAGUGUAUUAAAGGAACUGCUGCUGUGUGCUUUUGACUGAUUUUGCAGUAAAGACCUGAUCUUUCUCAUCUCUCUAGCUUUGGAAUUCAAUCCCUGCUAC